CGUUGUUGACAGGUAGAGAUGUUGGGGACGGGGAGAUAUGACCGGUCCCCUUACACGGUGAACGUCAGACACACUGGGCUAGUGUUAAGCUGAACAAUUACGGCUCCUUUCAGCUUUUACCGGGCGAGGUGGUCGGACUGCUAAAAUGUCGGCGCACUUUUAUCAAAUGAGCACUAAGCUGCUGGGGGACACUGUCGGGAAAAUGAACGACAACCCGACCUCCUUCGUGCUGGCAGCCUCCGUCUUAACCCUCACCCUGGGAUAUAUCUCCAAGCUACUGCUCAGACAGUCUAAAGACAGCGAUCUGAAAUACCCCCCUUAUAUUCCCUCCAGCAUCCCUUUCCUUGGCCAUGCAGUUUCAUUUGGGAAGAGCCCCAUUGAAUUUCUUGAAAAUGCUUACGAAAAAUACGGCCCCGUGUUCAGCUUCACCAUGGUGGGGAAAACGUUCACCUACCUGCUGGGCAGCGAAGCGGCCACGUUGAUGUUCAACAGCAAGAACGAGGACCUGAACGCAGAGGACGUCUACUCCAAGCUGACCACACCAGUGUUUGGCAAAGGAGUGGCUUACGAUGUCCCGAACCCCGUCUUUCUGGAACAGAAGAAGAUGUUGAAGACUGGACUGAACAUUGCCCGUUUCAAGGAGCAUGUGAAGAUUAUCGAGGCGGAGACCAUCGAGUAUUUUCAGAGAUGGGGAGACAGUGGAGAGAGAAACCUGUUUGAGGCUCUGUCUGAGCUCAUCAUCCUGACCGCCAGCAGCUGCCUCCACGGGAAGGAGAUCCGCAGCAUGCUGAAUGAGCGAGUGGCCCAGCUCUAUGCCGACCUGGACGGAGGAUUCAGCCACGCCGCCUGGCUCCUUCCCGGCUGGCUGCCACUGCCCAGCUUCAGGAAAAGGGACAAAGCUCACCGCGAGAUCAAGAACAUCUUCUACAAGGUGAUUGAGAAACGCAGGAGCUCUGGAGAGAAGGCCGACGACAUCCUGCAGACCCUCAUCGACGCCACCUACAAAGACGGGCGGCCUCUGACCGACGACGAGGUUGCCGGGAUGCUGAUUGGUCUCCUCCUGGCGGGUCAGCACACCUCCUCCACCACCAGCGCCUGGUUGGGUUUCUUCCUGGCCAAAGACAAAGCCCUGCAGGACCGCUGCUACGCCGAACAGAGGGCUGUGUGCGGAGAGGAACUACCUCCACUCGACUUCGAUCAGCUGAAGGAUCUCAGUUUGUUGGAGCGCUGUUUAAAGGAAACCCUUCGUCUCCGCCCGCCCAUCAUGACCAUGAUGAGAAUGGCUCGUUCUCCUCAGACUGCAGCAGGAUACACCAUCCCCGAGGGCCACCAGGUCUGCGUCUCCCCGACCGUCAACCACCGCCUGCGCGACACCUGGGUGGAGAGGAUGAAGUUCAACCCCGACCGCUACCUCAACGAUAACCCUGCUGCAGGGGAGAAGUUCGCUUACGUGCCGUUUGGAGCCGGCCGCCAUCGCUGCAUCGGGGAGAACUUUGCCUACGUCCAGAUCAAAACGAUCUGGUCCACGAUGCUGCGCAUGUACGAGUUCGACCUGGUGGACGGAUACUUCCCCACGAUCAACUACACCACGAUGAUUCACACGCCUCACAACCCCGUCAUCAGGUACAAGAAGAGGAAGCAGUGAGAGGCCUGAGGCCGGCAGCGGAGGCGUGAAAAACAAAAAGACACGAGGACACAUCCCGAGUGUUUGAAACAAAGCUCUAACUUCAAAGGACUUGAAUUAAGGAAAAGUUUGAUGACUGCACUUUGCUCUAAAUGUCCAACCUGUGCUUUUACGCUGCCUUUGUCGUGUCUGGAGUCCAGCUUUUUUUCUGAAACUUUAAUGUUGAGUUAUACAGGAAACAAUCGAUGCCUUAGGGACUGUCCCAGAAAACUUUCCAGAGCCUAAAAACUAUUUCUUGACCCUUGAGACGUUCAAGUUGGCAAAACCAUCUCACCACCAGGUCCAUUUGCAGCCUUCUGAAAUCUGAGGUUUCACGGGAUCUUCCGCUGUAGAUUUUAAAUGAAAAAUCCUUAAAGUGCUCAGAAAACUUGUUACUUAGCACCUGUUGAGAAAGACCAUGUGAGUUAAACCGUGAGAUGGUUUUGAUUGUUUCUUGCAAAGAAACAUGACAUGACUGAAUCUGCAUUAAAAUCAAAUAAAAUGUAAGAAGUGAAUGUAAUUAGCUGUAUGAUUUUUAGAGGAAUAAUUAUGGGAUGUUACCAUUGUCCCACCUAUAAACAGCCUGAGAGUCGGGAUUGUUAAUGAUCUCUCUCGCGUAUUUUUUUCAAAGUUUUUUUUGUUGUUGUUGUUGUCUUUUUCUACAGAAGCCUUAAAUUAAAAGGCUCCACACACUGGCAGCCAUUAAGUCAUUUAGACUGAUUAGACAUUCACUCAGAGGUUGAAUAUAAGUCAAAGCUACUUAAAAUAUUUCUGUUCUGUGUGACUUUAUACUUCUAUGUCACUAAAUUUCAGAAUAAAUAUUUUGUUUCACUGUAUUUACGUGACAUUUACCGUUGCUUCUGUAAUCGUGAUUUUAAUGUUGAAAGUUUUACACACACAAAAAAAGAUUGUAAAUCAAUGGUUUCCAACUAUUUUGAACUAUAGGAAACCUGUCUGUAUAUGGGACUAACUUAUCAAUAAAGCAGCACCAUCAUCAAUAAAACGUUCUCACAUAUUUGACAAUA